AUGGAUUCCAAAAGUACUUGGGAGACGGUCGACGUCAGAGGCAUUGCCUCUUUCAAGAGCGUAGCUACUCUUGUCGGUGUCUGGUUUUUGUAUCGGAUAUUUGUUGCUCUGUACAAUAUCUCACCUUUCCAUCCCCUGUCUCGUUUUCCCGGACCUAAAAUUGCUGCUGUCAGCUACCUCUACGAGGCUUACUACGACUGGUGGCGAGUGGGACGAUAUGGAAAGGUUAUCCGUGAUAUGCACGAGCGCUACGGUCCUAUUGUCAGAAUCAAUCCCGACGAACUCCACUGCUCAGACCCAUACUUCACCGACGAAAUUUACGCGGGUCCUGGCCGUGUUCGCGACAAAUGGCAGCAUCAACUCAACACCGGAGGCGCUGGCCCUGUCUCAGUAACGGGUUUCUCAACUGUCAACCAUGAAGUCCACAGAAUGCGAAAGGGAGCUUUGUCCAAGUAUUUCUCUCGGUCACAAAUGCUGAAACUCGAGGGCGAAGUCCGGGACUUUUCGCAGAUGACAGUAGACAAGAUGCUAAGAUACGCUGGUGGCGAGCCUUUUGAUGUCAAGGAAGCCUUCAACUGUUUCACAGCAGAUAUUAUCUCCCAGUAUGCCUUUGGCGAGUCUAUGGGUUUCAUCGCCCAGGAAGGAUGGGAACCUAACCUGGCUACUUGGGUCAAGUCUUUCUUCCAGAGCGCGUACAUGAUGAGACAUAAUGUUUUGGCGAGAAAGAUGGCUCAAUUCCUUCCCUUUUUGUCUGAUUAUCUUGGCGAGGAUAUUAAGGCUGUUAUGCGACAAAUGAACGUGGUUAUUCCAGGAUAUAUCAAAGCCGCGUUGAAGAACCCUGACGGUGGACGAGUAUUUGCUCAAGUUGUUGAGUCAAAGACACUACCAGAGUCGGAAAAGUCUUUGUACAGAUUAUCUGGUGAAGGAUUCAACUUUCUGCUCGCUGGGACUGAAACUACUGCUGUAGGUCAAACUUGCCUUCUUCACGAUGCCUCACUAAUAGUAACGAUACAGGCCACUCUCACUGUCAUCACAUACUUCCUCCUCGACAAGCCUGAGAUUUACAAACGUCUUAUGGCUGAUCUAGAUGGCCUCGAUCCGGAAAAUCUCAAGUGGACAGAUCUCGAACAACGUCCGUACCUUUGGGCUGUCAUCCACGAAGCUCUGCGUGUCAUGCCUGGUGUAUCCCAUCGCUCUGCCCGAAUCGCCAGAGAGGAGGACCUCGUCUACCAGAGUCAAGACGGCAACACCAACUGGGUUAUUCCUAGAGGCACACCCAUCGGCAUGACCUCUAUGAUCAACCACUGGAAUGAGGAUCUUUUCCCCGAACCUGAUGAAUUUCUGCCGGAGCGGUGGUUGGAGAAUGGAAAGCCAAACUACAAGCUGCAGAAGUUCUUGAUUUCCUUUGGAAAGGGAAGUCGUGCCUGUAUUGGCGAGAACGCCCAUAUUCUCUCAUCAAAUGUCGCAGUCCGUGUCACCAUCUGA